UUUUUCGUUUUGUUUUUUUUUUAUUUUGGUAAUUUUUUUCAAAAUCAAAUCGAGUUAAUUUGAGCAAAAUUAUUGCAAAUGAAAACCUAUGGCUACCUUGGGGAAAUCUAAAGAAUGGUCACGUGCCAUUAUCUGCAGGCCAAAAGAUAAUCUAACAACAGAGGCGGGCUUGAGAGCACAAAAAUAUACCAUGGUGCCUACCAUCGAGAAAGAAGAAUCGUGUCCUUCAAUGGCGAUGAUCAUCGGUAACGAAUAUGCCAGAAUGUGGCUAAAGGACCGUGAUGAAUUUCAGGCGAAAACCGAUCUGAAUCGCAAGAAAAAGGUUAUUAAGAAUGAUUUUGACUGGUGGCUCAAGUUGCGCAAAACCACCAAAUGUUUCUGCCCCAUCUGAGAUUUGAAAUCAAAAAGCUUCGCGCUUCUUAUGCACAUUUCGCGAAUUGCAUGCAAAAGUUUUGAAUAGCUUUUGUGUUUUAGCAAAGACACAAACCGUAAGCUUUUUGGCACAUUGUAAGUUCAAUUUAUGGCUGGCCGCGUUUUAAUGCGCAAUUUCCUCUAUAAACAGCAAAUGCAUAGGAAUUGUUUAUGCACAUAAAUUGUGAAGUUAAUCAAAUGCAUUUAAUUAAGCACUUAAUAGAAAA